GUACCUUCUGCCGUGAUUGUACGUUUCCUGAGGCCUCCCAAGCCAUGUGGAACUAACGGAAACUGGGAUCUUGGCUGCUCUCUGUAUCUCUCACGCCUAGAAGGGUGUCUGGCCUACUGCAGUGUUUCUCCGAGACCUCUGAGGGGUUAAGGCAGCAGUCCCGGGCACCCAGCUCAUUUAGAAGGAGGGUGCAGAAGUGUGAGGAUCUACUUCAGUAAUCAGAGGAUUUUGGAGGAGACCCACCCAGUGUCUUUGGUUAUUCAACGCACACCUUAGACCUCACAACACUAGCAGAAGCGCCCCAGAAAGCUCCUCUUGCGGGAGCCCGCGCCAGCUUCCGGGUCCAGCCCCAGAAGGAACAGAUGACCGGAAAUGGAACCUGCGCUGGCACGUUGCUUAGCAACAAACGCUGCCGGGACGCUAGACGGCUCUGGCGCGGAGGGAGCUGAGACCGCCGCAAGUCCUGGGGCGCUGCAUCUAUCGUCCUAGGGGUUCCGCGGGCAGGAGCGACCCAGAAGCGCCGGUGAGGUCAGCGCGUCCUCGCAGCCAUGAGCAGUGAGCAGGAUAAAUCAGCCAGCAAAGAAAAAUCCAAGACAACAGUAAGAUUUCUACCACAGCUGUCUAUGGAGAAAUCAGCCAGCAAAGAAAAGUUCCAGGCACCAGCAAGAGCUUUACCACAGCUGUCUAUGGUGAGUACAAAGCCCCACUGGCAGCAGGCAGCUCCAUCAUUCCAUUUGAGUGUAAAGCAGGAUGAUGAGAGUCCAGAACUAUUUAGUGUUAAAAAUGAACAGUCCUAUGCUGAAUACAUGGAACGUUUUGGAAAAAAGGGCAAAUUACCCCACCAAGUUGAUGAUAGUUAUGCUGGACCAUCUACUUCCAAAUCAAAGGGCAAAUCUCCAUAUAAAGAACGAGAAAACUUUAGAAGUACUCUUGUUAAUGUCAUUAUGCAACAAGAUGCUGACUUAGACUCAGCUGUCCCUGAUGGAAGCACAAUUCCAAAACCGACCGCUUCUGCUAUAGAGAAAGACACCUUGAGAUAUUACUAUUAUAUUCACCAUGGAAUUGAUACAGACCAUGUAGCCCCAAUGGAAGAUUCUUGGCUAGAACAUGUACUGGAUUUAGUUCCACAACGUCUGAAAGUCUUCACUGGCAGCAUAGUUACGUUAUCUGAUGAAAUGAGAGAGGAUUAUCUUCUUAGUGUAAAGAAAUCCGUAGUUGAUUUUGUUUUAAAAGAUCCUCGAGAGAAAGAUGGUAAGAAGACAGAUGAACUUCCACCCCAUCGUGCUGAAAUGGAAAUUCUGCCAAAACCUUGGAGGAAAUCUUUUUUAGCUGCAAGCAGUUAUAUUAGGGAUCACUUGAAUGCAAUGAACCCCACAAUGCUGGCUGUACUAGAUUUGUGGCACACUAAUUUUAAAAAAUUACGUUUAGUUGAUAUCAAAGAAUUUCAUGAUCUCCAGGAUGCAUUAGAGCUGUCAAGUUUUCAGAACAUUAUCAUGAGACACAUGGAAUCUGCCAAAGAGACUCUACUUAAAAUGUGGUUUCCAGAAGUGCAGAAUAUUUAUUACCAAGGUAAUAAAAAAAAGCAAUUGCCAACUGGUGACAGCAGUGCCAAAUUGGAAUCUUUUUUCAACUGUACUGCUGCACUUAUGACUUUACAGCUGCAGGACCUCACUUUAGUCUCCAUGCAAGAUUUCACGGACUUAAUUGCACAAUCCCCAGAUUCUGUUAGAGCUUUUGAACAUCCAGGUUUCAUCAUGAGGCUGAUUCUUCAUAAUGACACCAUUAAGUUUGAACCUGAGUUUAGUGACUAUGUAGAUAUCUUUCUAAAUGUUUAUGAUGUCAUGAUUAAAGCUGUCAGUUUUGUGCCAAGAGUUGAGACAAAAUUAUAUUCCAAGUGGGAAAGUAAGUCUAAACCAACAACCUUGAAGCCCAUAAUUCUGAAUGAAAUCGUAGAUGCUCACAAAGAAAAGAUCAAGGAAGUUAUUAUGAAAGAGAGUGUGACACCUACUGAGCACCUCAGACUCUAUGACAAGUAUGACUUUUUAAUUACCAGAAAAGCUGAGCGAGAUGUUGAUAACUUCCUCGCAGAAAAUCAUAGUUAUGAAAAAAUAAUAGAUGAAAUUCGCAAAUACCAGAAACUAAUAGAGGAAAUACAGUACACAUCCAUAAAGACUAUUCGUUUAGGAAUGUUUGAAAUGCACUGUGAGGAAUUAAUCAGAGCUUUGGUGAAGCGAGCAGAUAUUAUUUGUGGGAAACUUCUAGCUAAAAUGUUCAGAGAUCAUCAGGAAAUAAAUACAAGAUUAUGCGAUGAAUUUGAGAGGAUAGCUGAAAAAGCUCUUAGCACUCCUCCAAAUACAGCAGAACUAAUGGAAAUGAAGGCUUACAUUCAGAAAGUGGAGGUAACUGAUAUGAUUGAACUAGAAAAGAGAUUAGUGGAUUCCAAAAACUGCCUCGCCUUCCUCAUCGAGUAUGUCAACUUUUCUCCAGCAGACAUUAGGCUAAAUAAUAGUGUUUUCCAGCGGUAUGGAAGGAUGGGAGAAAUUUUUGAAGAACACAGGAAAAUCAUUAAAGAGAAAAUAGAACAAUAUCAAGAAGGUCUAAAGUUACGGUGUGAACGGUUUGUGGAGGAAUUGGAGAGUUAUGCUAAACAAUCAGAAGAAUUUUAUUCAUUUGGAGAUCUUCAGGAUGUUCAGCGGUACCUAAAAAAGGCUCAAAUACUGAAUGGAAAGUUGGAUUUAGCUGCAGAUAAGAUUGAGCAGUUUAAUGCUGAAGAGGAAGCAUUUGGUUGGCCACCAUCUGUAUAUCCUCAACGUAAAAGAAUCCAAGAUGGCUUGAACUCUUAUCUUCGUCUUUAUGAAACUGCUGUCGAAUUUAGCAGCAAAUAUAGAGCAUGGACAGAAGGGCCAUAUCACAAAGUGAAUCCAGACCAAGUAGAAGCAGAUAUUGGAAAUUACUGGAGAGGAUUAUAUAAACUGGAGAAAAUCUUUCAUGAUUCUCCAUAUGCAUUGGCAAUGACAAAAAAAGUAAGAUCAAAGGUGGAAGAUUUCAAGCAGCACAUUCCUCUCAUUCAAGUGAUCUGUAAUCCUGGUUUGCGCCCCAGGCACUGGGAGGCCAUGUCUGCCAUUGUUGGUUACCCUUUGCAGCCAUCAGAUGACUCCACGGUCUUCUCUUUUUUAGACAUGAAUCUGGAACCAUAUCUAGACAGAUUUGAAGGUAUUAGCGAAGCAGCUAGCAAAGAAUAUUCUCUUGAAAAGGCGAUGGAGAAGAUGAUUACUGAAUGGGAUGCAGUGGAAUUUGUCAUCCAUUCUUACAGAGAAACUGGGACUUUUAUUUUGGCAUCAGUUGAUGAAAUUCAGAUGUUGUUGGAUGACCAUAUUAUUAAAACACAAACUAUGCGAGGAUCUCCUUUCAUUAAGCCUUAUGAAAAACAAAUGAGAGAAUGGGAGGGCAAGCUCCUACUGCUUCAGGAGAUUCUGGAUGAAUGGCUCAAAGUCCAAGCCACAUGGCUGUAUCUGGAGCCCAUUUUCAGCUCUCCAGACAUUAUGUCUCAAAUGCCUGAGGAAGGCAGACGAUUUACAGCUGUUGAUAAGACGUGGAGAGAUAUAAUGAGAAGUGUCAUGCAGGAUAAACAUGUUCUGACAGUUGUAACCAUUGACAGAAUGCUGGAAAGGCUGAAAAAAUCUAAUGAACUUUUGGAGCUCAUUCUUAAAGGACUUAAUGAAUAUUUGGAAAAGAAACGCCUCUUUUUCCCCAGAUUCUUUUUUUUGUCCAAUGAUGAACUUCUUGAGAUACUCUCUGAGACUAAAGAUCCCACUAGGGUGCAACCUCACUUGAAGAAAUGUUUUGAAGGAAUUGCAAAGGUAGAAUUUACGGAAACUUUAGACAUUACUCACAUGAAGAGCAGCGAAGGAGAGGUUGUAGAACUCAUAGAGAUUGUUUCAACAGCCAAAGCCAGAGGUCAAGUGGAGAAGUGGUUGGUUGAAUUAGAGAGAGUUAUGAUUAACUCCAUCCACAAGGUAAUUGGAGAUGCAAUUUUUGCCUAUACAAAAUAUGAACGAAUUAACUGGGUAAGGGAUUGGCCUGGACAGACUGUUCUCUGUGUAUCCCAAAUCUUUUGGACAAAAGAAGUACAAACAGCUAUUCCAAUGGGGAUAAAGGCUCUUGAGCAAUACUUGGAAACAUGUAACAGACAAAUUGAUGAUAUUGUCACUUUGGUGCGUGGCAAAUUGUCCAAGCAGAAUCGCGUAACUCUGGGAGCACUUGUGGUACUGGAUGUCCAUGCUAGAGAUGUCCUCUCAUCACUUGUAAAAAAAAAUAUUAGUGAUGACUCUGACUUUGAAUGGUUAAGUCAGCUUAGGUACUAUUGGCAAGAAAAUCAUUUAGAAACAAAAAUGAUCAAUGCUGGUUUGCGAUAUGGAUAUGAAUAUCUGGGUAAUUCCCCGAGGCUGGUUAUUACACCACUCACGGAUAGAUGUUACAGAACCUUAUUUGGAGCCCUUCAUUUGCACCUUGGAGGAGCGCCUGAGGGUCCAGCUGGCACUGGGAAGACUGAAACUACCAAGGAUUUGGCAAAAGCUGUAGCCAAACAAUGUGUUGUUUUCAACUGCUCGGAUGGGUUGGAUUAUUUGGCUUUGGGAAAAUUCUUUAAGGGACUGUUAUCUUGUGGAGCCUGGGCUUGCUUUGAUGAGUUUAACAGAAUUGAUUUGGAAGUACUCUCUGUGGUUGCUCAACAAAUCCUUACUAUCCAAAGAGGUAUUAAUGCAGGUGCUGAUAUACUGAUGUUUGAAGGAACUGAACUAAAACUUGACCCCACAUGUGCUGUCUUUAUAACAAUGAACCCUGGGUAUGCUGGGCGAUCAGAACUGCCAGAUAACCUGAAGGCUCUCUUUCGGACAGUAGCAAUGAUGGUGCCUGACUAUGCCAUGAUUGCUGAAAUAGUCCUGUACUCCUGUGGGUUUGUCACUGCUCGGCCACUGUCUGUAAAAAUUGUGGCUACGUAUCGCUUGUGUUCAGAGCAGCUGUCAUCUCAACAUCACUACGACUAUGGAAUGAGAGCCGUGAAGUCAGUUCUUACUGCUGCUGGGAAUCUGAAGCUGAAAUAUCCAAAUGAAAAUGAAGAAAUUUUAUUGCUUAGAUCUAUCAUUGAUGUAAAUCUGCCAAAAUUUUUAUCCCAUGAUUUACCACUCUUUGAGGGAAUUACUUCGGAUUUGUUUCCUGGGGUAAAAUUACCAAAACCAGAUUACAAUGAUUUGCUGGCAGCUAUCAAAGACAAUUGUGCCUCCAUGAAUUUGCAAAUGACCGCAUUCUUUUCUGAGAAGAUUCUUCAAGUAUAUGAAAUGAUGAUUGUGCGUCAUGGUUUUAUGAUUGUUGGAGAACCAUUUGGAGGAAAAACUAGUGCAUAUCGUGUCUUAGCUGGAGCACUAAAUGAUAUAUGUGAAAAGGGGCUAAUGGAAGAAAACAAAGUUCAAAUAACUGUUUUAAAUCCUAAGUCUGUCACCAUGGGCCAACUGUAUGGACAGUUUGAUUUAGUGUCCCAUGAAUGGUCCGAUGGGGUCCUUGCUGUCAGUUUUAGAGCAUUUGCCUCUUCAGUGACUCCAGAUAGGAAAUGGUUAAUUUUUGAUGGCCCAGUAGAUGCAGUGUGGAUUGAGAAUAUGAACACUGUGCUGGAUGACAACAAGAAGCUAUGUCUGAUGAGUGGGGAGAUUAUUCAGAUGCCACCACAAAUGAAUCUAAUUUUUGAGCCAAUGGAUUUAGAAGUUGCUUCCCCUGCCACUGUUUCCAGAUGUGGCAUGAUUUACAUGGAGCCUCACAUGUUAGGCUGGAGACCACUGAUGUUGUCCUGGGUGAAUCUGUUACCUGCAUCAGUCAGUGUUAUUCAAAAGGAAUUUAUAAUGGGCUUAUUUGACAGAAUCGUCCCUGUUUCGGUUGAAUUUAUUAGAAAGCAUACAAAGGAAUUAUCUCCUACUUCUGAUACAAAUUUGGUCCGAUCCUUAAUGAAUCUAAUAGACUGUUUUAUGGAUGAUUUUGCUGAUGAAGUCAAACUAAAGGAGAGAAAUGAUCGAGAAACUUACUCGUUGCUUGAGGGCAUUUUUCUGUUUUCAUUGAUCUGGUCCGUUGGUGCUUCUUGUACAGAUGAUGAUCGGUUGAAAUUUAAUAAGAUUCUUCGAGAACUAAUGGAAGGUCCAAUUUCAGAUCAAACUCGAAAUACGUUUAAAUUACAGAGUGGUACUGAGCAAACAUCCUCAAAGGCACUAACUGUCCCAUUUCCUGAACAAGGAACAAUUUAUGAUUAUCAAUUUGUCACUGAGGGAAUAGGAAAAUGGGAACCAUGGAUAAAGAAAUUGAAAGAAGCUCCUCCAAUUCCUAAAGAUGUAAUGUUUAAUGAAAUCAUUGUGCCAACUCUGGACACAAUUCGAUACUCUGCACUAAUGGAAUUGCUGACCACCCAUCAAAAGCCUUCAAUAUUUGUAGGACCAACAGGAACUGGGAAGAGUGUUUACAUUAUGAAUUUUCUUUUAAAUCAACUAAAUAAAGAAAUCUACAAACCUCUGCUAAUUAACUUCUCAGCACAAACUACAGCAGCUCAAACUCAGAAUAUUAUCGUGUCAAAAUUGGACAAGAGAAGAAAGGGAGUUUUUGGUCCUCCUUUGGGCAAGAGAAUGGUUGUCUUUGUAGAUGAUGUCAAUAUGCCUGCUCGGGAGGUAUAUGGGGCUCAACCUCCCAUUGAAUUACUUAGACAGUGGUUAGAUCACUGGAACUGGUAUGAUCUAAAAGAUUGUUCCAUGAUUAAACUAGUGGACAUUCAGAUCAUGUGUGCUAUGGGACCUCCAGGUGGUGGUCGAAAUCCAGUAACUCCUCGAUACAUGCGACAUUUCAAUAUUAUAACAAUCAAUGAGUUUAGUGAUAAAUCCAUGUAUACAAUCUUCUCUAGAAUCUUAACUUGGCAUUUAAAAAUCUGUUAUAAAUUUCCAGAUGAAUUUCUAGAUUUGACCACACAAGUCGUAAAUGGCACAAUGACUCUGUAUAAAGAAGCAAUGAAGAAUCUCUUGCCUACUCCAGCCAAAUCUCACUACUUGUUCAACCUCCGUGAUUUCUCCCGUGUCAUUCAAGGUGUUUGUUUGUCAAGACCAGAAACAACAGAAACCACAGAAGUGAUUAAACGUCUUUGGGUUCAUGAGGUCCUUCGAGUGUAUUAUGACCGCCUUCUGGACAAUGCAGACAGAAGCUGGCUCAUCAACUACAUUCAAGAAAUUUUGAGAAACUACAUGUAUGAAGAUUUUCAUGAGCUUUUUCAGCGUUUGGAUUUUGAUAAUGAUGGCAUGGUGGAAGAAGAUGACUUACGCAGCUUAAUGUUUUGUGAUUUCCAUGAUCCCAAGAGGGAGGAUACUAACUACAGAGAAAUCGCAGAUGUGGAUAAUCUUCGAAUGAUAGUAGAAAUUCAUCUAGAAGAAUACAACAAUAUAAGCAAAAAACCCAUGAACCUUGUCUUGUUUCGAUUUGCCAUAGAGCACAUCAGCAGAAUUUCCAGGAUCCUGAAGCAGCCUCGCAGCCAUGCUCUCCUAGUAGGGGUUGGAGGGAGUGGAAGGCAGUCUGUCACCAGAUUAGCUGCCCACAUGGCUGAUUAUUCAGUUUUCCAAGUUGAAAUCUCUAAGGGGUAUGAUACUACUGAAUGGCAUGAAGAUUUAAAAGUGAUCUUAAGGAAAUGUGCGGAAGGUGAGAUGCAGGGUGUCUUCCUGUUUACAGAUACUCAAAUUAAAAAAGAGUCUUUUCUGGAAGAUGUCAAUAAUCUGCUAAAUGCUGGGGAGAUUCCAAAUCUCUUUGCAUUAGAUGAAAAGCAAGAGAUAUGUGAUAAGAUGCGUCAGUUAGAUCGCCAGCGGGAUAAAACCAAGCAAACAGAUGGCAGCCCCAUAGCCCUUUUCAACAUGUUCAUUGAUCGUUGCCGCAACCAGCUGCAUGUGGUCCUUGCCAUGAGUCCCAUUGGAGAUGCAUUUCGGAAUCGUCUUAGAAAGUUCCCUGCUCUUGUUAACUGCUGUACCAUUGACUGGUUUCAGUCAUGGCCUGAAGAUGCACUCCAGGCAGUUGCCUCACGAUUCUUGGAAGAAAUUGAAAUGUCAGAGGAAAUACGAGAUGGCUGUAUCGACAUGUGUAAAAGCUUCCACACUUCUACUAUAAAUUUAUCCAAAUCGUUCUUUGUUGAACUUCAAAGAUACAAUUAUGUGACUCCUACCUCUUACCUCGAAUUAAUCUCCACCUUCAAACUGUUGUUAGAAAAGAAAAGAAGUGAAGUAAUGAAAAUGAAAAAGAGAUACGAAGUGGGUUUGGAGAAAUUGGACUCUGCUUCAUCUCAAGUAGCCACAAUGCAGAUGGAGUUGGAGGCACUACAACCUCAAUUAAAAGUUGCUAGCAAAGAGGUUGAUGAAAUGAUGAUAAUGAUUGAGAAAGAGUCUGUAGAAGUUGCCAAAACUGAAAAAAUAGUGAAAGCUGAUGAAACAAUAGCAAACGAACAAGCUAUGGCUUCCAAAGCCAUCAAAGAUGAGUGCGAUGCUGACCUGGCAGGUGCCUUGCCAAUAUUAGAGUCAGCGCUGGCCGCCCUUGAUACUCUUACUGCACAGGAUAUUACAGUGGUAAAAUCCAUGAAGAGUCCUCCUGCUGGUGUCAAGCUUGUUAUGGAAGCUAUAUGCAUCUUGAAAGGAAUCAAAGCUGACAAAAUCCCUGACCCAACAGGUUCAGGGAAAAAAAUUGAGGAUUUCUGGGGCCCAGCUAAGAGACUUCUUGGUGACAUGAGGUUUCUACAGUCACUUCAUGAAUAUGACAAGGACAAUAUUCCUCCAGCUUAUAUGAAUAUCAUAAGAAAAAAUUAUAUUCCAAAUCCAGAUUUUAUACCAGAAAAAAUCAGAAAUGCUUCUACAGCGGCCGAAGGUCUGUGCAAAUGGGUCAUAGCAAUGGAUUCAUAUGAUAAAGUGGCAAAAAUAGUAGCUCCCAAAAAGAUAAAACUGGCUGCAGCUGAAGGGGAGCUUAAAAUUGCCAUGGAUGGUCUUAGAAAGAAGCAGGCAGCUCUGAAGGAAGUUCAGGACAAGCUGGCCAGGCUUCAAGACACACUUGAAUUGAAUAAACAAAAGAAGGCUGACCUGGAAAACCAGGUUGACCUGUGCAGCAAAAAACUAGAACGAGCUGAACAGUUGAUUGGAGGCCUUGGAGGUGAGAAAACUCGAUGGAGCCACACAGCUCUGGAGCUAGGGCAGCUGUACAUCAACUUGACUGGGGAUAUCCUCAUUUCCUCAGGAGUGGUUGCUUACCUCGGAGCCUUCACAUCCACCUAUAGACAGAAUCAGACUAAAGAGUGGACAACUUUGUGCAAAGGAAGAGAUAUCCCCUGCUCAGAUGAUUGCUCUCUUAUGGGUACCCUGGGAGAAGCUGUGACAAUUCGAACUUGGAAUAUUGCUGGAUUACCUUCUGACUCAUUUUCCAUUGAUAAUGGGAUAAUCAUCAUGAAUGCAAGAAGGUGGCCUCUGAUGAUAGAUCCUCAAAGUCAGGCUAAUAAAUGGAUCAAGAACAUGGAAAAAGCCAAUAGUCUUUAUGUGAUUAAACUUAGUGAACCUGACUAUGUCAGGACUCUGGAAAAUUGCAUCCAGUUUGGUACUCCUGUGUUGCUAGAAAAUGUUGGCGAAGAACUAGAUCCUAUUUUGGAACCUCUUCUACUGAAACAAACCUUUAAGCAGGGUGGGAGUACGUGUAUCCGGCUUGGGGACUCCACAAUUGAAUAUGCACCUGACUUCCGCUUCUAUAUUACUACCAAGUUAAGAAAUCCUCAUUAUCUUCCUGAAACAUCAGUAAAGGUAACAUUAUUAAACUUCAUGAUAACCCCUGAGGGAAUGCAAGAUCAGCUUCUGGGAAUCGUGGUGGCACGAGAAAGGCCAGACCUUGAAGAAGAAAAGCAAGCCUUGAUAUUACAAGGAGCUGAAAAUAAAAGGCAGUUAAAAGAAAUAGAAGACAAGAUUUUAGAAGUUCUUUCAUCUUCGGAAGGCAAUAUAUUAGAAGAUGAAACUGCUAUUAAGAUAUUAUCUUCCUCCAAGGCCUUGGCUAAUGAGAUUUCUCAGAAGCAGGAAGUAGCCGAAGAGACAGAGAAAAAGAUUGAUGCCACCCGCAUGGGCUAUCGUCCUAUUGCCAUCCAUUCUUCCAUCCUGUUUUUUUCUCUUGUUGAUUUAGCCAAUAUUGAGCCCAUGUACCAGUAUUCACUGACCUGGUUUAUUAACCUUUUCAUCCUGUCUAUUGAAAAUUCAGAGAAAUCAGAAAUUUUGGCAAUAAGGCUUCAGAUUCUCAAGGAUCACUUUACUUAUUCACUGUAUGUUAAUGUCUGCCGGUCACUCUUUGAAAAGGAUAAGCUGCUCUUUUCCUUCUGUCUAACCGUAAAUCUACUGCUGCAUGAGCAGGCGAUUAAUAAAGCUGAGUGGAGAUUUCUGCUAACUGGUGGCAUUGGACUGGAUAAUCCUUAUGCCAACCCUUGUACAUGGCUUCCUCAGAAAUCCUGGGAUGAAAUAUGUCGAUUAGAUGAUUUGCCUGCCUUCAAAACCAUUCGUAGAGAGUUUAUGCGCUUAAAGGAUGGAUGGAAGAAAGUAUAUGAUAGUUUGGAACCACACCAUGAGGUUUUCCCUGAAGAAUGGGAAGAUAAAGCAAAUGAGUUCCAAAGGAUGCUUAUUAUUCGUUGCUUGAGGCCAGACAAGGUUAUUCCAAUGUUGCAAGAAUUUAUAAUCAACAGAUUGGGACGUGCAUUCAUUGAACCACCCCCCUUUGAUUUAGCCAAGGCAUUUGGAGACAGUAACUGCUGUGCACCACUGAUUUUCGUGCUCUCUCCUGGAGCAGAUCCCAUGGCUGCCCUUCUAAAAUUUGCUGAUGACCAGGGAUAUGGGGGAUCAAAACUUAGCUCUUUAUCUCUUGGUCAAGGCCAAGGGCCCAUUGCUAUGAAGAUGUUAGAAAAAGCUGUCAAGGAAGGAACAUGGGUUGUUCUUCAGAAUUGUCACCUUGCCACCUCUUGGAUGCCAACCCUUGAGAAAGUCUGUGAGGAGUUAAGCCCAGAGUCAACACAUCCAGAUUUCCGAAUGUGGCUGACGAGUUACCCAUCUCCAAAUUUCCCUGUGUCGAUACUGCAGAAUGGAGUGAAAAUGACCAGUGAAGCACCAAAAGGUUUACGGGCUAAUAUCAUUCGAUCAUACCUCAUGGACCCGAUCUCUGAUCCGGAGUUCUUUGGCAGCUGCAAAAAGCCUGAGGAAUUCAAGAAAUUGCUUUAUGGCCUGUGUUUCUUUCACGCUUUGGUACAAGAAAGACGGAAAUUUGGACCCCUAGGGUGGAAUAUUCCUUAUGAGUUCAAUGAGACUGAUCUGAGAAUCAGCGUACAGCAGCUCCACAUGUUCCUGGACCAGUAUGAGGAACUGCCGUAUGAGGCUCUGCGGUACGUGACUGGCGAAUGCAAUUAUGGAGGCAGAGUGACCGAUGACUGGGACCGGCGCACGCUCCGCAGCAUUCUAAACAAAUUCUUCAAUCCCGAAUUAGUUGAAAAUUCAGACUAUAAGUUCGACUCAAGUGGCAUCUAUUUUGUUCCUCCUUCUGGUGAUCACAAAAGCUACAUUGAAUACACAAAGACUCUGCCACUGACCCCAGCACCAGAAAUCUUUGGGAUGAAUGCCAAUGCAGAUAUCACUAAGGAUCAGUCAGAAACUCAGCUGCUGUUUAAUAACAUUCUUCUUACACAGUCUCGUUCAGCAGGUGCUGGUGCAAAAUCAUCAGAUGAAGUAGUGAAUGAGGUCGCUGGUGACAUCUUGGGCAAACUUCCAAACAACUUCGACAUCGAGGCUGCCAUGAGGAGAUAUCCAACAACUUACACUCAGAGCAUGAACACUGUACUUGUCCAAGAGAUAGGACGGUUCAAUAAGUUACUGAAGACCAUAAGAGAUUCGUGCAUAAAUAUUCAAAAAGCAAUCAAGGGGCUUGUAGUCAUGUCUACAGAUCUUGAAGAAGUGGUUAGCAGCAUUUUGAAUGUCAAAAUUCCAGAAAUGUGGAUGGGUAAAUCCUACCCAAGCCUUAAACCACUUGGCAGCUAUGUGAAUGACUUCCUUGCAAGACUAAAAUUCUUGCAGCAAUGGUACGAGGUUGGUCCUCCCCCAGUCUUCUGGCUUUCUGGCUUCUUCUUCACACAAGCCUUCCUGACCGGUGCCCAGCAGAACUAUGCCAGGAAAUACACAAUUCCUAUUGAUCUUCUUGGGUUUGACUAUGAAGUGAUGGAAGACAAAGAAUACAAGCAUCCUCCUGAGGAUGGUGUUUUCAUUCAUGGAUUAUUUCUGGAUGGGGCUUCCUGGAAUAGAAAGAUCAAGAAACUUGCAGAAUCGCAUCCCAAAAUUCUUUAUGAUACAGUGCCUGUGAUGUGGCUAAAGCCCUGUAAGAGGGCAGAUAUACCGAAACGGCCAAGUUAUGUUGCUCCAUUGUAUAAGACAAGUGAGCGGAGAGGAACAUUAUCCACCACUGGCCAUUCCACGAAUUUUGUGAUUGCCAUGACUCUUCCCUCUGACCAACCCAAGGAACACUGGAUUGGACGAGGUGUAGCACUGUUAUGUCAACUUAAUUCAUAACCAGAAGACGUCAUUUCCUUGUUCCUACUUCUUGUUGGAUGGCUAAGUAGAAAGCAUAUUUUACUACUUAAACCUUUUUUUUUGGUUUAAAUACAUUUGACUAAAGUUUUGUAA